GAGCAGCCUGUUCAUGGACUACCCCAGCCCAUGUCCAGGACCUUACGCUUGGCCUUGUUGACCUUCAUGAGGUUCCUUCCACCCAUUUAUUUUCCAUCCAUAUAUUUUUAGCAUUAGAUACUACUUUCGGUGAAAAGAAGGCUAAUUCCAAUAGAAAGAAUAUUUAUGGAAUAGAACUUUGCUCUGAGGAAUGUAGUUGUGUUACAGAGUGACGUGUUACUUGUGUGUUAUCCAGCACAGGCAACAGGGCAAUGCAUGUGCAAAAGCACAGGAGUUUUAUAAAAAUAGGUUCUUCAGGUUCUGAGUCAGCUCUUACUCCACCUCCCAGUUAUGUGUUUCCUUUGUUGACAGCUUAUGGUAUUUGUAUAGUGUAGCAUCAGCACUGGGUUCACAUUCCAUUGGAGAAAUAGAACACAAUCCUGUUUCUUUAAUCUGCUAUCCUGAUUCCAAAGCAAAUGCCCAGGAAAUGUGUCCAUACCUGUUCCACUGCAAUGAAAUAGCAUGCUUUACUUUCCACUCUAGUUUUCCUUCCAUAAGGCAGACUCGAUCAGUGUUUAUUUUCUGGCGCAUCCCAUAUGCAGAAUUUGGUAUACUGGCACACAAAACUUAUGCUUUGCCUUUGACAGUUUUAAGAGGCUGAUUGUCUGCUAGUUGGCUUUGUUUUUUAAAUAAUAUGCAAAUACGUUUUGUUUGAGUUAAGCAAUGUUAAAUUGAUUAAUCAUAAAAUGGAAUAAGAGCUAGGAAUAAUAACUCAUGUAACUUGGCUUUUUAUUCUAAAAGACUGUCAACAGUGAAAACAUUUCACAUCUAGGCUGGAAGGAAUUUAAUUCACAUAAUGUCAUCACUAUGAAGAUUGGAAGCAUAAUAGUAGUUAGUAUAUUUUCCUUUUCUAACUUUAACUUUCCUUGUGACAGAGUUGGGAGGAGUAAAGAAACAGUUGCCAGUAGAGGUUAUUUUCAUGUCAAAACUUUUGGUGAAUGUAACCUGAUUUUCUGUUAUGGGACUUAGCGUAGUAUCCAUCUGUAUUUUAUCCACCUGUGUGUUCUGAAGUUGAACUUUGCAUGGUUGUAAAUCCCAUCUUGGCUUCCUGCAUAUUGACUCCUGUAUAGCCCUGCCUUCCUGUGGCUAUAGGGUGUGUCUCCAUGGUACACUGAAUAUAUGACACAGAGGCAGCUGGCUUGUUUUUUCACCUAGACUAAUAGAAGCAAAGAGUAAUGAACCUUGUCCCUGAGGUAACAGAUGUGUUAGGCUACAUUACAGUCAAUGAGCUGCAGGUCCUUAGCACACUGUAAGGUACAGUUCAAAAGACAUUGAGCUAAUGGGACCCCUCAACUUCCAGUAUUUUGAAUUAGCAAACCUAAAUCUGAGUUUUCGAACAGAUGCACCCACCAGAGUACUGAGUAGUGCAUCCAAAGCCCAGUAAGAAAUCUGAGUUGUAACUCUGUACAGGAAACUUUAAUUUCAUUAUUGGCUUAAAAAAAUCAGUGUGGGCUGUUACUAAGACAAUAGUUCAUUUAUUCUGUGCCUGCUCAGGCUGUUGCUGUGAGGGGAGCAGGAGCUCAUGGCAGCAAGCAAGCAAUUACACCUCUGGCAGUAAUCUGUUAAUCUAAAGCUGCUCUGAAACUGCAGUUGAAGACAGCUCAGCUGUUUGGAGUUCAAUACUUGGCUCUUUUUCUGGAUCCAGUUCCCAGUUUGCACAGAGUUCUAUAAAUUGAUAUGCAGCUCUUUUAAAGGGAGCAGGAAAGCUGAUAAGAUGUUAUGUGUGCUUAGUAGAGGGUGGUUAUAUCAUUGGCAUACGUUUCAGGACUCUAGUUCCUGCUCUGUGAACCAGCUUGUAAGUACAGUGGGAGACUUCACACCCUUUUUCUCUACAAGCCUGUCUUUUUGACCACUGACUUUUAACAAAAAAUCCUUAUUUCAAGCUAUCACACUGGACACUUAGAAUCCAUUUUGUAUGAAUGUUUGAAACUCUGAAACUGUUUUAGUGAAUUAUGGUAAAGAAAUGUUUCCUGCUACUGGCACCUUUUUGAGACACAUUGACUGGGGAAAGUUCACUUUUUUAUCAUGAUUACUAAGGAAGACAAGACAGUAGUUCAAGAUAAUGUUGUGAAAGAAAAAAGUCAAGAAAUGUCUGCCAAUUUAAAGUACCUUUCCUUGGGUAUCCUGGUUUUUCAGACCACAAGUUUAGUCUUGACCAUGCGUUAUUCUCGGACACUGAAAGAAGAAGGACCUCGUUACUUAUCCUCUACUGCAGUAGUUAUUGCUGAACUUCUGAAGAUUUUGGCCUGUGUUCUAUUGGUCUACAAAGACAGCAAGUGCAAUUUACGGACUCUGAACAGAGUGCUGCAUGAUGAAAUCCUUAAUAAACCCAUGGAAACUCUUAAACUUGCUAUUCCUUCAGGAAUUUACACUCUUCAGAACAACUUGCUAUAUGUAGCAUUGUCAAACCUAGAUGCAGCCACUUACCAGGUUACGUACCAACUGAAAAUUCUCACCACAGCAUUGUUUUCUGUGUCCAUGUUGAGCAAGAAAUUGGGUGUAUACCAGUGGCUGUCAUUAGUAAUAUUGAUGACAGGAGUGGCAUUUGUACAGUGGCCUUCAGACUCUCAAGCAACACCUGCUAAGGAGCAUUCAGCAGGGUCGCAGUUUGUGGGGCUGAUCGCAGUGCUCAUAGCCUGCUUUUCUAGUGGCUUUGCUGGGGUUUAUUUUGAGAAAAUUUUAAAGGAAACUAAGCAGUCUGUGUGGAUCAGAAACAUUCAGCUUGGAUUUUUUGGCAGCAUAUUUGGAUUGAUGGGCGUAUACAUUUAUGAUGGAGAACAAUUGUCAAAGAAUGGAUUUUUUCAAGGAUAUAAUAAACUCACUUGGGUGGUGGUUGUUCUACAGGCACUUGGGGGACUGGUAAUUGCUGCUGUUAUAAAAUAUGCAGACAACAUUUUAAAAGGAUUUGCAACUUCUCUCUCUAUUAUACUGUCAACACUGAUCUCCUAUUUCUGGCUGCAAGAUUUUGUCCCUACAAGUGUCUUUUUCUUCGGAGCCAUCCUUGUAAUAGCAGCUACUUUCCUAUACGGUUAUGAUCCCAAACCUGCAGGAAAUCCCAUUAAGGCAUAGCAGACUUCCUCAUCAACCUGCUUCUCAAGAUCAUGCACUGGGGCCUUGCUAGCAAUGGCAUGUGGGAAGUGUCAUUGUGCACUGCAAGGAAAGAGUUACUGCCCUGAAUGUACUGAAGAAAAGCUGAUGAGUAGCUCUGGAAACCAGAGGGUUACAGGUGGAUGAUGACACUGAUCUGUAACAGGGGGGGAAGGGGAAUGCCCAGUGCAACUUGCUAAUAAAAACUUGAAAGGAACCAAAAGUUUCCAAGAAACUACAAUUAGGAAUGUUUACAGCUUUGACAGCGAUUGCAUCAAAAGAAUUUACUGUAUUGACUGCUGCAGAAAUAUGUCCUAUGCACUCUUUGAAAGAGCACAUGACAACGUUGUCAGAUUGUAUGUUUUUGCGAUUUGAUUAUAUUUAAUCUUAGUAAAUGUUUUUAACUGUUUGUCUAUUUACAUGUAAUGAGCUGAACAUCGUAGUUCUAAAGUGAUGGUUCUGAUUAGGUAUUCCUUGUUAUAACUGUGAAAAUUGAAGUAUGAUUGAAAGACACUUUCACAAUAUCAAAUAUUUUUAUAUUUUUAGAAAGCUGAUUUAAUAACAGAAAUCUGUUAUUAAAUGAUAAUAUUAUAAUUCUGUUGCUUAUAUAAAAGUAUUGUAAGAAUGUUAACAUUCUCACCGAAGUACACAAAGGGAGAAAUUCAGAGUGAAAGCUGGAAAUCCAUGUUGAUACUCCAGCCUUCAUCAGCCUGUAGUGUUCCAACAGAUGGAAUAACUCUGGGAACACCAGCUGGAGGUCGCCGCACUAACCUGGGAGUAAGAUUAGGGUUAUGAUGGGUGCUUGCUCAGAUGUAAUGUUCAUUCUUGUUAUUUUUAUUGAUUAUAAAUCAACUUUUUGGUAGAACCUUAAAAGUAGUUUUUAUGUUUUAAAUACUGUCUGAAGAUUUUCUUUAAACCAAAAUUUAAAAAAAAAAGCCCAUAAUAAACAUUUUAAAGGCAUUAUUGUUGUCUGUAAGCUCCAUCUGGAGCUAUUAAGGUAUAGUAUCUGUAUACUGUACUGUCCUUUGUUACAGAGGAGUUUUUUAAACAAGUGUUGUUUACUCAUGAACUCUCCAGUGCUUUUUCUGUGCAUUUCUAUGUAAUGGCUUACUUAGAGUUUUGGCGGGUUUUUUUUAAUUAUUAUUUUAUUCUGGGAGUCCUUGAGCCAACAAACCAAAAUGGUUUCUCUGGAGCUAUUCAGUCUAAUAAUGGAAUUACUUUAAUAGGAAACAUAAUUAAAAAGUAAUUAAUUGUGCAAUGGCUAAAUAUGAAAGCAUUCUGUUGGUCUGUUUAAAAAAAAAACAAAACAACUUCACAAAGAGACCUUGAUGCAGUUAGAUCAAUUAGACUAUUAUGAACACUUCACUUGAAGUAUUUGCAUUUAGUCAGAAACACCAAAAAAAAUCUGGAACUAAUAAGCUGUCUUAAAAAUCACUGGUUUUCAGGAGAGUAUUCACAGUGGAUACUAACGUAGUGACUCUUACCCACAUGUUACAUGGUGGUAUGCAUUUAUACAAAAACUUAUCAGGAGUCCCUUACCAGUAAAAUGACAAGUGGUAAAAACAUCUUACUUCCCUUGUUUCCCCCCACCUGAUGCUCUCUCUUCUGUCUUGUGCUAAAGAAAACGUGUUAAAGAGAAAAGCGUUUUAGAAUGUUUACUGAAGUACCUCAUCCAAUUCACAAGGAGAUUCUGGAGGAGUGUUCUGAGAUUUCUUAAUGAAGUGUUGUAAAUGGGAAAGGAAGAAUUCUACUUAUGUCAGUCAAGUAAAAACAGUGUUUUUCUUCUGUUGGCAAUUAGGUGUGUUAUCACGGUUUUGUUUGUUUAUUGUAUCAGAGCAAGACAUAAAAGAACCGUCAGAGUUAUGCCAAGGCCUUGCUAAGCUUUGUGAACAGUGAAUCUGUCCCAGCAUGUUGUCAUUGCAGGAGCUUUGUGACUUAGCAGUCAAACCGAUCUUGUAGUACCCUAAAUUGCCAUCCUGUGUUAGUAUUAUAUCUUCUGCCUAUAGCAUUCAAUGUGGCAAAAUCUGUGAAAAAUUCCAUGUGGUGAUUUCUGCACUGCAGUGCACAGGAGGCGAGAUGCGUGCGUGGAACAGCGGCUCACAGUGGUGCUUGGGGCCGAGUGGGAAGUGUUUGUAGUCAUAUCUGAUUUGGAGUUUGGCCUACACAGUGAUACUUUUAAUUUCAUGAAUCGCAGUACUGAAUGUGUUCAGGUGAUACAGUUGAUACUUCAGUUGAUACUACGGUUGAUACAGGUGAUACUUCCUUGAGGAACAUCUCCAAAAAAACACAAGUAGCAGGUUGAGAACACUUUAAAGCCAGUUGUACAGGAAGGAACCAAACAGGCCAAAUAAUCACCAUGUUGCUGGAGCUCUAUUAUAUGUAAACCCAGUUUUAAUAUUUCAGGUGCACCUGUCAAUAUUUGUCAGUAAGGAUCAGUUUAUAGGAAAGAAUGGGAAUAUGUGCUCUUUGCUUUGGAAUAGGAUGUCAUGCAGCUUUGGAAGACAGUGCUGUCCUAAGGAACAGUAAAUCCUGUCUGUAGAUGAGUGACUCUUCCGUGCUUGCAGCUGACAGUCCUAUUAAGUAGAGGGACAGAUCUCUUCAUACACUUGUUGCUGUAAAGGAAAAAUGAAUUUGCAUUUUAACUGUGUUUCCUUAGCCUUUGACAGGGCGAGAACAAAAAGGAUUUGAGGAGGGUUUACUGAUUUCUGUAACCUUUGCAAACUGAGAGCAUAUGCACAUUUUCUCACUGAGAUAUUUUUGUAUUUGUAUUUUUUUUUUAAAGCAGUUUUAAGUCUAUAACUCAUUAACUAACCAAAGAGGCAUAGCUAGGACAGAGCAUUGGGAAGUAGUGGAUGGUGUGCUUUGAGUCUGCCCUAAAAGCAAUCUGUAGGAGUCUGAGUUUCCAAAAAUAAACUUGAUUUUCUGAACUACUUUUCUGACUUUUAGAUAAUGGUUUUGUUUAGUUGUAUAUUUAGCAGGCUAACCUAUACUUGGCAGAAUUUUAUUUAAAUAUUUAAAAAGUUGUAGCUAGGUAUUUAUUUGCAAUAACUUGAAUUAUGUGAUUUUUUUUUUUUUAAGACUUGCAGAAUGGGAAUACUAGUAUUUAUUGAAUAUUUGGAUAUUUGGUAGUUUUAUUUGAGUAUCUCUGGGAUACAUGAUAAAUUGUCAAAUAACAAUAAAUUUAGAACUGUCUUCAAAGCAAAAUAAAUCAGUUCUGUAGUGAAAAACUUGAGUCUAAUAAAGUAAAAUAAACUUUUUACAUUGUAUUUCUACGCUGUCCACGAGUGCCCAAUAAUCUUUUUUCUCAAAGAAUGGAGAUAAAAGUUCUAUUCAACUUCAUUGUUUUAGACAAACCAUGAGAAAACCUCCUUUUUUGUUUGCUUUAAUAAAGGGUAGAUUAAUGUUCUAGAUUUUGCUUCUACAAGAUAACACCUUUGGUUUUUACUGCAACUUUGUAGUAACUAUUGUUUUAUUUCCCCUCCCCCAAAAAUCUCAUUUUCAUAGCCUGUGCUUGCAUUUCAUUUACUCAUACAGUCCUCUCACUUUUAGUAGUACAUAAUUGUUUUGUGUUCCUAACUUAUUUCUAUGUCUGUAAUUCAAGAUACUGUCAUAGAUUCUGUUGAAUUGUUUUUAAAUUGAUAAAGGAAAUAUUGCCUUUCUUCUGGUUUUCAUUGUCAGUAACUUUCAUAUUUUGAUAUCUGUCCAAUCUGCUGUGCAUGUUGUGUUGUAUUUAAGCAAUUGUCAUUUUCCAAAUUUGAACUUGUUGCUCGUUUUCUUCCUGGUGACAAUAGUUCUUGCUGGAUAUUGUGUUGAGGAGGAUUAUUCAUUGUUUUCUUAUCUGAAAUCUAUGUUUUGUAAGAACGAGAUAUUUGUGUAUUAGAAGGUAAUGUUUAUCUGUAACAUGGUAUUAUACCAUAUAUAUGGUAAUGUAUCAUUACCUAAGGUGGUUUAUUACUGUAAGAAAGUCCAAGAAGUGUUUCCUUGCCUUUAUUUUAAUAGUUCUGUUCAUUUUCAAUGCUGAUUAUUUCCCAGAGGAAGUGACUAGAGAGUUCUGCUCUUUCCAGGUAAGCUCAUCAUAUGUUUUUAAAUCUCUAGAAUUAAGACAUUUUUACUCCAAAAAAAAAAAAAAAAAAAAAAAAAAAAAAAAGCAGGGGAAAAUGCAACAAAAUACAUGCAAUUAGUUAUAUUGUAUCUUCUGCUUCAGUUACUGUCCAAAUUUCUGUUCAGUUGAAUGUUAAUUUUUUCUAAUUGUUUCUCGGUAGCUGAAUUAUAACUCUUCCUAGAAGAAAAAAGAAUCUGUCCUGAGGUGCCAUUCAGCGCUUGUUCUUGAAUGUCUGCUACAUGUUUGCAUCCGAGAGCAGACAUGACAAACUAACUCUUUAACCUUCCAUCGUCAUUCUGGCUAUAAUUAGUUGUAUUCAUUUCAUCAGCAAUUUAUAGCUCAGUAAGAAUUGCUUAUGCUAAGCACAUGUUUGUAUUUGCUGCCAUAAGUAUCACUUUUUUAGAUUUUUUAAACUUUGUUCUUUAUUGUAAAUAUAUGAGCCCAAAUAUAGAUCAUAUAUUCAAAUGUUGUAGUGAAGUUUUUAAGGUAGUCUUAGCUUUUUAUAUGUUGAUGUCGAUAUUUAUGUGUGAUUACACUGAAUACAGUUCUAAUAUAUGGUGUUUCCAGACAAUUUGGAAACUUUUUUUUUUUUUGGUAUAACACUGCUGAACCAUGGAAUGCAUCUUACAUGACCUAACACAGUCUUUUUUUAAAUCCAUAUUGAGGUAAAAUACUGUAUUUUUUUUUUAUAUGUGUAGAUAAUGCCACUAUAGUAAUAAACUAGUUAAAAUUAAGCACUGCCUUUAUUAGGAAUAUGAUAAAAAACUGUUUGAGAGCAUUGUAAAAGGAGAGGUUUGCCUUAUGCGUGUUUUAGCAGAAAUAAAACAAUGUUUUAAUUAACAUGUACUAUUUCAGAAUAUAAUUUUGGCAUAAUUUUCUGUAAAAUUCAGAAGGCUAUUGUAAGAUGUUUGUUAAUGGUAUCUUUUAACAACUUACUGAAAUUUGCCAGCAAUUUAAUUUUGACUGAGACAUGCUUCUUUUUGACCAGUGUCAUGACUUCUUGUGAAUCACAUUCAAGCAGUGUUCUUGUGACUCUCUCUGUGCUCUUCUGGUCUGAAACCCCAGAUCUCCUUGUCCUGAACUGGAGGUGGUAGGGAGUGCCUGGGUGUCAAUAUCAAUUUAUAGUGUGAGAUGUGAUUGUAAAACACUGUAACCCUUUCUAGAAGGAGCUAUGUAUCGCUAUAAUUUACAAUAUAUCAAAGACCUGAACAGAGUUCACAAACACAUUACUAUAGAUGAUGGAUAACAUGUUUCUCUGUCCUUUCCAGAGAUACAUAUAAUAAAACUGGGUCGUUUCACCAGCAA